UGCAGUGGAGGGACUGUUACCAUACCAGGAUUCUCUUCAGUUGGCACGGCAUGGUAUUUAUGAGCCGACAUUUCUUAUAUUACUGCAGUGAACCUAUCCUGGAUGUGAAGAUUGCGUUUUGUCAGGGAUUUGGCAAACAAGUGGAUGUUUCAUAUAUUGCUAAACACUACAACAUGAGUAAAAGCAAAGUGGACAACCAGUUCUACAGCGUAGAAGUAGGUGAUUCUACCUUCACAGUUCUCAAACGCUACCAGAAUCUAAAGCCCAUUGGAUCUGGGGCUCAGGGAAUUGUAUGUGCUUCAUAUGAUGCUGUACUUGAUAGAAAUGUGGCCAUUAAGAAACUCAGCAGACCAUUUCAGAACCAGACGCAUGCCAAACGGGCUUAUCGAGAGCUUGUGCUCAUGAAAUGUGUCAACCACAAAAACAUCAUCAGUUUAUUAAAUGUGUUUACACCUCAAAAAUCUCUAGAAGAAUUUCAGGAUGUGUAUUUGGUUAUGGAACUGAUGGAUGCCAACCUGUGCCAGGUAAUCCAAAUGGAACUGGAUCAUGAGCGAAUGUCCUACCUACUGUAUCAGAUGCUGUGUGGCAUCAAACACCUCCAUUCUGCUGGCAUUAUUCACAGGGAUCUAAAACCCAGCAACAUCGUGGUAAAGUCAGAUUGCACGCUGAAAAUCCUUGACUUUGGCCUGGCAAGGACUGCGGGAACAAGCUUCAUGAUGACUCCCUAUGUAGUAACCCGUUAUUAUAGAGCACCAGAAGUAAUUCUGGGGAUGGGGUACAAAGAAAAUGUUGAUAACUGGUCAGUGGGGUGCAUCAUGGGAGAAAUGAUCAGAGGCGCUGUGUUGUUCCCUGGCACUGAUCAUAUUGAUCAGUGGAAUAAGGUUAUUGAGCAGUUGGGAACACCUUCCCCAGAGUUCAUGAAGAAAUUGCAGCCCACUGUUCGUAACUAUGUGGAGAAUAGGCCCAAGUAUACGGGACACACUUUCCCCAAGCUCUUCCCAGACUGUCUCUUCCCAGCAGACUCGGAGCAUAAUAAACUAAAAGCCAGCCAAGCCAGAGAUCUUCUGUCCAAAAUGUUGGUUAUUGACCCAACCAAACGGAUAUCUGUGGAUGAAGCCUUACAGCACCCAUACAUAAAUGUCUGGUACGAUCCAGCUGAAGUUGAGGCGCCUCCUCCCCAAAUCUAUGAUAAACAGCUUGAUGAGAGAGAGCACAGUAUAGAUGAAUGGAAAGAAUUAAUCUACAAGGAGGUGAUGGAUUUUGAGGAGAAAACUAAAAACGGUGUUGUGAAGGGGCAACCUUCUCCCUCAGGUGCAGCAGUGAAUAGCAGCGAAAGUCUUCCUCCAUCCUCAUCAGUAAAUGACAUCUCAUCUAUGUCAACCGAUCAGACCCUUGCUUCGGACACUGACAGCAGCCUGGAAACUUCAGCAGGACCGCUUUGUUGCAGAGAUGUAUGUAAAUGGCUCAGUGGCAGGAAGUUGCUCCCAGACUGGGUGGAGCAAUUCCAUUUCUGAAAGGUGAAUCUCGAACCUCAAGGUUAUGAUGUUAAAAUUACAGAAAUGGCGAAAACAGAGUGUCCCUGCAUGUGUUCUCCCUGAGGCUUCUGUUCACCAGACUUGUAACAAAGAUGCCUUCUAUGAAGCUGAUGGCAGAAAGUACAUCUAACAGUAUGCAGAAUGCUUUUUCUGAAAGUGUGCGAAGCACCAUCCGGUUGUGCUACAAGUUGGAGGGGCUGCUAUAAAGUUUCCUGGAGCUGUCAGUCGAUCAUCAAUCAU